AUUAUGUACACAUGAAUGCUGCCCUUGCCUGUUUGAGUUUAAAAGACAGUUUCAGCUGCCUGGGUUGCAGUCUGGUGGGAGCCAUCAUGGAGAGAGCUUUGGUGCAAAUCACUGUUUUUGGGCUGCUGCUGCCUUUGGUUACCACACUACCAAACAAGGACGACUGGGACAUCUACAGCUUUCACAUCAACUCCACAGUGACCAGUCGUUAUGCCACCACUGUGAUCACAAGCCGCGUGGCCAAUCGUAUGGACGAGUCAAAGGAAGUUGAAUUCCACGUCCGGAUUCCCAAGAACGCCUUCAUCAGUAAAUUCAGAAUGUUUAUAGAUGGCCAGGAGUACGAUGGUGUUGUGAAAGCUAAGGAGCAAGCUCAGCAGCAGUACACUGAGGCCGUGGCCCGUGGCCAAAGCGCUGGGAUUGUCAGUUCUGUAGGGAGGACCCUCGAGGAAUUUAAGACCUCCGUGACUGUGGCUGCUCACAAAAAGGUCACCUUUGAACUCACAUAUGAGGAACUGCUGAAACGCAAGCUUGGCAAGUACGAGCUGCAAAUCCACGCUCGACCCAUGCAGCCUGUCAAAGACUUUAAGGUUGAUGUGUACAUUAAUGAGAAAGCUGGCAUCAAUUUCAUUGAGGUUAAAGGAGGGCUGAGCACCAAAGCUCUGGCUAAUGCCAUCACCAAAACACAUGCAGACAAACAGGCGUGGGUGUAUUUCUACCCGACAGAGGACCAACAGAAAACAUGUGACAGCUGUGGAGAUCAGGGUAUGAAUGGAGAUCUGGUUAUUGUUUAUGAUGUCAACAGGGACACCUCACUGGGAGACAUCAAGACAUCAGCUGGGUACUUUGUUCAUCACUUUGCUCCAUCUAGUCUUCCCCGCAUACCAAAAAAUGUUGUCUUCGUUAUUGAUCAAAGUGGCUCAAUGCAUGGCAGAAAAAUACAACAGACCCGAAUAGCAUUAAUCCACAUCUUGAAUGACCUGGCAGAAGAUGACUUCUUUGGUCUCAUCACUUUUGAUGGCAACAUUUUUCACUGGAAACGAGAACUUGUUCAGGCCAACCAAGAAAACCUGGAUAGUGCCAAGACAUUUGCACAGGGUAUUAAAGAUAGAGGAGCCACAGACAUUAACGGAGCGGUGUUGGAAGGAGCACGUAUGCUGAAUGCACAUCCCAGAGAAGGUUCAGCGUCAAUCCUUAUACUUCUCACUGAUGGAGACCCAACCACAGGGGUGACAAAUCUUGAAAUGAUACAGUCAAAUGUAAGACGGGCUAUUGCAGACAAAUUCCCACUCUACUGUCUUGGUUUUGGUUUUGAUGUCAAUUUUGAGUUCCUUGAGAAGAUGUCGCUGCAGAACAAUGGUGCGGCACGACGGAUUUAUGAAGACUCUGAUGCUAAUUUACAGCUGCAGGGUUUCUAUGAAGAGGUGGCCACUCCUCUGUUGACAGAUGUGACAAUGAUUUAUGUGGGUGGGACCAAUCUAACCCAGACUAACUUCAGCCAGUAUUAUAAUGGCUCUGAGAUUGUUGUGGCCGGUCAGAUCACUAACAACGACAUUGAAAGCUUCACUCCACAAGUUGUGGCCAUUUCGAGGAAUACAAGGGUGGUGUUUUCUGACACUAACACCCCUGUGGAGUCCACUGGAACAGUGUCUGACAGCCAUAUCCAGAGAGUUUGGGCCUACCUCACAGUCAAACAGCUUCUGGAGAAAGAGCUGCAGUUAUCUGGACCUGAGAAGGAGAAUGUGAAGAAAGAGGCCUUGGAGCUGUCGCUGAAGUACAGCUUUGUGACCCCACUCACAUCCAUGGUGGUCACCAAGCCUCUGGGGGAGAACACAGAAGUGCUCCAUAAACCCAAAGAAGGUGAAACACCACAGGCAUGGCAACCUCUUGUAGCACAUGGUCAACCCAUGUUAAAGAAAAGCAUGAGGAUAUUUCAAAUGACCGGCGGAGAUUCUAUUGGAAACCCUGGUUAUCUCCUCGUUCCACAUUCCCCAGAUAUGUUGAUUCCUGCAGCACGGAGACAUAAUUUUCAUGGUUUUGGUGGCUUAAAUGGAGGAAACCCUGGUUAUCUCCUUGUUCAACAUUCCCCAGAUAUGUUGAUUCCUGCAGCACGGAGACAUAAUUUUCAUGGUUUUGGUGGCCUAAAUGGAGGAACUGGUUCUGGUUACACUGGUUAUCUCCCUACUCAACAGUCCCGACAUAUGUUGAUUCCUGCAGGUAUUCUUCCUGGUGUCCCGUUGAUGACUGAGGAGAUCAGGGUGCUUCCCACCAUUGUGCCAGACAGAGCAACUACUGGUCCUCUUUUCCACAGGUUUUUGCUAAAAACUGAGAAUCAGUCUCUUCCACUAUGCUUUGAUGUCGCUGGAGAUGUCCGCCUUAAACUGCUUCACCAUCCCAACAGGGAGCUGUCUGUGAAUGGUGAACUUGAUUCAGUAGUGUAUGGAGGCUUCAAAAGGAUUAUCAUCCACUUCAAAACUGACCAGCAUGUUGAGGUUGACACCAAGGGAAUCACUGUACGAGAGGGACAGACAGUGACACGCCACACUGGACAGGAUCUCAUCACAGUUGGAAGUGUGACAGUGAUUAGGCGGGACAAGGAAAUAGAUGUUGCAGCUGGAGACACACACAUGGUCAUCUUAAUUCAUGAGCAAGGUGACAAAGAAUUCAUCUGGCCGGUUUUAAGACAGCAGCCAUCGGACGACACCGUUACAGGAAUUUUAGCUCUAAAGGCAGCAGUGUAUGAGGAGGUGCAGCAAACUCCCUCUACAAAAAUUAAGCUCGAAGACCGGGAGAUUGAUGUUACCAGAUCCGAUGCUGUUGACUACAGUAUUGUCUCUCCCCCGACACUGGACUGCUGGCUCAUGUCUGCUGAGUCUGCCCUGCAGAGACGCCUGGAGGAUUUCAUCGUUACACAACUUUAACUGAGAAACAUGAAUCACUUGCAAAGAUUUUUUUUUUUAAGUAAAACACUGAUUCAUCAUGGAAAAAGACUUCCCACCUAUUACUAACCACAAAUAAAUAGUAUUAUUGAUC